UCCACACAUGAGAACUCACACAGGCGAGAAACCUUUCUCCUGUUCCAUUUGUGGCAAAAGUUUUAAUCAAAAACAUCAUUUGAUUCCACACAUGAGAACUCACACAGGUGAGAAGCCUUAUAAAUGUCUGUCCUGUGGAAAAAGCUUCACUGAAAACAGCGGUCUUACUAAACACAUCAGAAUGCACACAGGUGAGUUUUCCUGUGAAACUUGUGGAAAAAGUUUCUAUCUAAAAAGUCUUUUGAUGACACACAUGAGAAUUCACACAGGUGAGAAACCUUUCGAAUCUCUGUCCUGUGGGAAAAGCUUUACUGAUGAACACUCACUGAAUAGUAACAUGAGAAUUCACACAGGUGAGAAACCUUUAGAAUGUCAGUCCUGUGGAAAAAGGUUCAAUGAAAAAAGCAGUCUUAAUAGACACAUUAAAAUGCACACAGGUGAGAAGCCUUUCAAAUGUCAGUCCUGUGGAAAAAGCUUCGGUGAAAAAAGUAGUCUUGAUAGACACAUUAGAAUGCACACAGGAGAGAAGCCUUUCAAAUGUCUGUGCUGUGGAAAAAGUUUCAAUGAAAACAGCAAACUUAAUACACACAUUAGAAUGCACACAGGAGAGAAGCCUUUCAAAUGUCUGUCCUGUGGAAAAAGCUUCAACGAAAAGAGCAAACUAUUUAUACACAUUAGAAUACACACAGGUGAGAAGCCAUUCUCCUGUACAAUUUGUGGAAAAAGUUUUAAACAAAAGGCUCAUUUGAUUAGACACACAAGAAUUUGCACAGGCGAGAAGCCUUUCAAAUGUCCAUCCUGUGGAAAAAGCUUCAAUGAAAAAAGCAUGCUUAAUAAACACAUUAGAAUUCACACAGGUGAAAAACCGUUCUCCUGUAUAAUUUGUGAAAAAAGUUUUAAUCAGAAAAGUCAUUUGAUUCCACACAUGAGAACUCACACAGGUGAGAAGCCUUUCAAAUGUCUGUCCUGCGGAAAAAGAUUCAGUCAAAAAAUCCAUCUUAAUAAACAUAUUAUAAUUCACGGGUAAAAAACUGUUCUGUAGAAUUUGUGGCAUAAGUUUUAACCAGAAAGUAUUUUGACUAGACACAUUAGAGAAAACACAGGAGAGAAGCCUUUUGGAUGCCUCUUGCGGAAAAAAACUUCAAUGAAAAACUCAAUUUUGAUAAACACAUUAGAAUUCACACAGAUGAGAAGAAGAAGAAUUAAUCAAGAAGAAUUCUUGAUUCAUGACGUGGAACGAUUUGGAAGAAGUCACAGCAGUUAGACACCACAGAAAUGAACAGGAGAAACCUUUUCCAUGUUUUACUUAUGGUAAAUGUCCAUUUAGAAACUCCUUAAACUUUAGAGAAAACCUUUAUUAACAGUUCUAAUCUACUACUAUUCAUAACUACCACAAUAGCUAUGUAUUGUUUCCAUGGAAACUAGAACUGGUAAGAUGUAAGAAAGAACUUGGUUUCGAGGUUUGAGUCUGUAGUUCACUGUCCUACGAUAGUGAAAAAAGUUUGUUUGAAGAGUUAAACAUUAAUUUAAAGUUGUUGCUAUUAUUUGGUUUAAAGUUUAUAUUCUUGCUGAUCAGUUUGAACUUGCUUAAAGUUGUAAAAAAAAGAAGCCUUUUAACUUAUUAAUGAAUUACAGAAGUUUCACACUACUAGAAGUGUAAUGUUUCUAAUUUAAAAAAAAUGUUUAAUGUAUAAUUUUGCUUUGAUACAUUUCUUAUAUUGUCUUUCUUGAUAGUACAAUAUUGAAAGUUGCAGAUGUUUUAUUUACCUGCU